GCAGGCGCGUGCCGCCGCGCGGCGUGGGGCGGGGUGGAAGUGGCGCGCGGGCCGGCGCGCGGCGGUGGGGCUCGAGACGUCCAUGGGACCCCUUAAAGGCGCCGCCUCCUGCCCCCGUCCCGGUGCCGGCGGAGGGAAGCGCCGCGGGUGGCUGGAAUGAGCAGGGAGCCAGCGCCAUGGCUGAGAAGACGUCGCCGAGCCCCGGCGUGGCCAUCACGCCCCUGCAGCAGAUGCUGGCCUCGGGGACUGGAGCCAUCCUCACCUCCCUCUUCGUGACGCCGCUGGACGUGGUGAAGAUCCGGCUGCAGGCGCAGAGGACUCCCUUCUCCAAAGCGUUGCCAGCUCAGUCUGUGCCCAGGGGUGCUCAGCAGGCCAGAUGGAAGUGCUUCCUCUACUGCAAUGGGCUCAUGGACCACCUGUACGUCUGCCAGAAUGGCAACAGCUGCACCGCCUGGUACAAGGCCCCCACCCGCUUCACCGGCACACUGGAUGCCUUUGUGAAGAUCACACGCCACGAGGGCAUCAGGUCUCUCUGGAGCGGCCUGCCCCCCACCCUGGUCAUGGCUGUGCCAGCCACUGCCAUUUAUUUCACUGCCUACGACCAGCUCCGAGACUAUCUGCGUGCUCAGACAGGGGGCCGCGGGCACUGCAUCCCCUUGCUGGCUGGUGCCCUCGCCAGGAUGGUGACGGUGACGGUGAUCAGCCCCUUGGAGCUCAUCCGCACCAAGAUGCAGUCUCGGCAGCUCAGCUACCGGGAGCUGGGCGCCUGCAUCCAGUCGGCGGUGGCCCAGGACGGGUGGCUGUCUCUCUGGAGGGGCUGGGGGCCCACCGUGCUGCGGGACGUCCCCUUCUCGGCUCUCUACUGGUUCAACUACGAGCUGGUGAAGGAGUGGCUCUGCGGCAAGGCCCGGCUGGACGAGGCCACCUUCACCAUCACCUUCACGUCCGGGGCCAUCUCUGGGACGGUGGCCGCGGUGCUGACGCUGCCGUUCGACGUGGUGAAGACCCAGCGGCAGAUCGAGCUGGGAGACAGGGAAGUGCACCCAGUCAAGUCCCUCAAGCCUUCCUCAACUUGGCUGCUGCUGCGCCGGAUCCGGGCCGAGUCUGGUGCCCGGGGGCUGUUUGCAGGCUUCCUGCCGCGUGUCAUUAAGGUGGCACCUGCCUGUGCCAUCAUGAUCAGCACCUACGAGUUUGGUAAGACCUUCUUUCAGAAGCUGAACCAGGAGCAGCGGCUGCCAGGCUUGUGAGCCAGGCGUGGGCUAAAUGUGGCCAGUGCCCUGAGAGCCAAGUGCCAAUCCAUUCCCCCCGCCCUGGGAGCAGCAACUCGCACUCGGCUGUGCAAAGACCAAGUGCCUUUGUCCUCUGCACUGGGCGGUAUCUGUGCCUGCUGCCAUGAUAGUGGGGGGGUGUGGAGUGCCCCCGUGCCCAUCCCUUCAGGCUGGACAGCUGCUGCUGCUGGAUUCAUGGGUGCCCAGGAGACUCAAGGGAGCAGGAGAUGGGAGCUGGGGCUCCACUGAGGACCAAACUCUCAUGGGGGGCCUUCUUCAUGUACCUGCCUGGGCCCCCAAGUUCUGCUCCAGCUAAGGCUCUGCACCUCCUCACCAUCAGUCACAGCAUCCCCUUGCCCACCCUGGAGGGCAUGGGGACAGGUCAGGACCUUCUACCCUCUGCACCUCUCCUCCCACUGGGGGUGUCUCUGUCCCCUGCCAGACCCUGAGCUUGGACCGUGCUUGGGGACAGACUUUGUUGCUGCUCUCAGAGGAAGAGGCUGGCAGGAAUUCUGGCAACCUCUGUCCAUGCCCUUUACCACGAGGCUCUGCCCCAGCCUGCCCUGGGCCUCCCAGGGGAAGUUCUUUUCUUAAAUAAAGGAAUUAUUUGUCUCUUA